GAUGUUCUCAUUACCAAUAAUGCAAGUGCGGUCGCAGAACAUACCCCGUCUUCAAUAUGGUCUCACCAUCAACUAUCUUCGCAACACAACCAAUCACAACAACAGCCGCAAGCAUAUUCAGCUCAUUAUAAUUAUCACAAUCCUUCCUCAGGAAAGAAUAAAACAGCAUCAUCCACAACGCAUACUUAUCCUGUGGGUGGUGGGGGAGGAAAUGGAAACAACGACCGCCAUCACCAUCACCAUCGAAGCGCAAGCCCUCCGACAGUUACCCGCACUAUUACUGCUGAUAAAGAAAAUCAACCGAGGGAGAGUCGCAGGCGGCGAGCUUCGUUGCGCUCACGAUCUCGAUCACGCUCACGUUCCAAUGAACGAUUUUCACGCCGCUCUCGUUCUCGCGACCGUCGCAUUAAUGAACGCGAAAAAUCCCAAAGACAAUUUCGCAACAAAUCGCCACCUGUUGCAGGUGGUUGCGAUAAUUCCAGGUACGAGCGCCGCCGGGGGGGUGGAGGAGGUGGUGGCAGUAUUGGUGAUCGGCGCCGUAUGAUGGUGAACAGCAGUAAUAUAAGCGGAGGGGGAGAGCGCAAGGCAAAUGCUACAAGUGGUAGUCGUUCAGCGAACCAUUCAUCGAACUCACCACGCAGUCGCUCGCCUUCUUUGGAUCGCGUUAAUAAGAGUAAGAGAUCUCCUAGUACUGGCCGUGGUCAAUUGCGCGGUGUGGCUAGCUGUGCGACGUCGCCAGAGUCACGCCACCACCACGAGUCUAAAAAACGUCAAAGAUGCCGUGAUUUCGAUGAGAAAGGGUACUGUGUUCGUGGUGAAACUUGUCCGUGGGAUCACGGUGUUAAUCCGGUUGUGUUCGAAGGAUUAAACAACACAGCUUUGAUAAGUAUGUCGUUACGUGAAUAUAAUCCUGAUGCUCCAGAUCUUUGGUCUCGCGCGGGACCUCCCAGUGCAGCUAUGGUGAACGCUGCAACCCCGGGGACCUUAAUCGCUAGCUCUGCAGCUGCUGGUAUAAAUCCAUUUUCCGGAACUACACGUACUGGUGGCGUUAUGAUGGGCGGCCCCGGAGCACCUGUUGGAUUUUCUCAAGUGCAAGGUCCUGACAAAGUCAGUAACGGCGCCGCGGAUUAUGUGCGCACUGCAGCUGGAGUUGGAUUUCGGGCAGCAGCUCCGAUGAUACCUUUUCCUUUUAAUCCGGCCGCGGUAACUACUCCUUUACAGCGCGAACUUAUACCCAUACCAGUGGUUGAUGCCACUGGCGGAGCAGUCGGUGUUGGCGGCGAUGUAAAUGCCACCCUACAAGCACAGGGUAAAAGGCGUUUUGAGUUGGAAGACUCUGUGGCUAUAGCCGAAGGGCCACCCAAACGUAAAAUUCCAGCACAUAGCCGACUUGGGCCACGUGUACCUAGCAUGCAAAACUGCUCACUUGAACUACGCAAAGUACCACGUGGUCUUAACACUAUUGCCCACCUGAAUAACCAUUUUGCCAAAUUCGGAAAAAUUGUUAACAUCCAAAUCUCUUACGAUAGUGAUCCGGAAGCUGCUAUUGUAACCUUCUCUACACACGCCGAAGCUAACGUGGCAUAUCGUAGCACUGAAGCCGUGUUAAAUAAUCGUUUUAUUAAGGUCUUUUGGCACACAUCUGCUGACACCCCGAUAUCCGGAGAUGGUAAUACCGUCAUAGGUCAACAGACGGGAGGAGGACGCAAGAAUAGUCAAUAUCAUUUAAAUAAUGUGCCAGCUAUACCAACUCCAUCAGCAGAUUCAGCAAAAACGGCCAAUGUUAGUCAAAAUCAAGCUGGUCCGAAUGUAAACAACAAUAAUAAUAAUGCAAGCAUUCAAGAUGCCACGACAAUCGCUAACACGACAGCAAACACAACUAUCACCACCACAACUGCAGUGGUCGCCACCCAUGUACCGACACCCUCCUUAAGACUCAAGAACAAUGUACCACCACGCCCCGUUGGCGUAGCAAAUGCUAUUAUUCGCAAAAAACAAGAGGAACAGGUAAAAGCUGUAGCCCAACUGGCCAACGGUUUACGCAAACGUAAGCAGGAACUUUUGCAAAGCUAUUUAAAGCAAAUGAAAUCAGCUUUAGAGUUAGUAGAACGAUGUGAACCAUCAGAUCCUCAACGUGGUAAAACUUUGGACACAAUCAAAGUACUUCAGGGAACCAUCGACAGAUUACGCAAAGAAAUUGCUACCGAACAGGAGCAAAUGCAAGCUCAAAUUCAAAAUCAGCAACCACCACCGCCAGUGAAAAAAACUAAGGAGCAGCAGAAAAAGGAAUUGCUUGAUAUUGAGUUGGAGCUAUUUGCGCAACAGCAGGAGGGCAAUGAUACUACUGCUAUACAAAAGCGGCUAGAGGAAUUACAGCGAAGUCUUGGUAUAGUGCCUGGUAGUACUCCGUCGACUGCUAUUACUCCAACAGUCCAGGGUUCCCCUAAUAAUCUGGCCAAAUCCAGUCAUUACAUGGCUGCGAGCAGGAAUACCGCGCGUGCACGAAACUCCUAUCCUGAAGGUUCCACCCGCGUAGACAGACGUCCUAAGACCAUUGUGGUAACGGGUUUUAAUAGUGAAGAAGCUGAUUUUGUUCUAGGACACUUUAAGCAUUUCGGGGAAAUUACAAAGCAUGACAUGGAUUUGGAAAAACCUCAGCUGAUACUCUCUUACGCUACACGUAUAAACGCUGAACAGGCGAUAUUGAGAGGCAAACUAUUUAAGGAUAAACGUUUGCAAAUUGUUUUUGCUCCUGUUGUACAGACGUCAAACGUAGCCUCCAGCGUUUUUAAUAAAAUGAGACCGAUAGCCAGUCCAGUGUAUAAAGAAGCUACAACAGCAGAACUCAACAAAACAAACCAGCCUCAAGAAGCUACCACAGCUGCCAUAUCUUCUCCCAAUCCUAGCCAGUAUAAUAGCGAAACAGAGGCUACUGCCACGGAUACUCUGCCUGAAUUAAGGCUUGAAGAUGAAGAAGAGGAUGAAGAAUCUGAAGACCGCUCGUGGCGACGUUGAUUCUUGCCAAAUCUAAACAAAAGCCAUGCCAAACGUAAACAACAUAGUCUAAGGUAUAGGCUUUAAAAAUAUACUUCACGUAAUAUAUUGUACGAAAAUUUAGACGCAUGCAAUACCCAAAUAAUUGUGCGCUAAAAAGCGUAGCAAUUUCAGUACUUUUUUCUUUUCCUCUUGUAAAUUCAAACAAAUCAUUAAUUUCGUAAUAUCAGGAACAUUACAAGCACACAAAGAGAUAUUUUAAGCCAAGCUUUUUCAAAUCCAGGAGUUCAACAGCGGAGACUCGAAAAAAUAAGUUAAAUUCUGAAAUUAUUGCUAACUUAUGGCAAAAACAACCUUGAAAACCUCUCAAUAUUCAUUAGACCUACAAAACACGUGGGAUUCACAAAAGUGGUUUAAAAGAAAAAAUAUUGUGUUAGAAAAGUCCAUACGUACAAACGCAGAAGUUCUAAUGAAAAACCAAUUCAAUAUUUUAUCUUUCGUUUUCAAUUUGC